CUCUUCUUUCUCUCUCACUGUUAUUGAGUAUUCUCUCUGCAAUUUCACCAUUUUUUAAUUAAUGAGAUUUUUAUUUUUCUCUCCUAAUUACGCUUUCAAAACCAAAGCUAUCGCUUUUUCUCAGCUUGCGAUUUCGAUAUCUACAACUGCAGUUGUCCUGAGGUGAGCAGAAAGUAUCAGUUUUCGGCAUAUUCAGAAAGGUUUUGUUAUUGGAGGAACUCAAGUGAAGUUUGGAAGUUUAGAAGAUCAGGGGUAUAAUUGUGCUCAAUCUACCUGUUACACAGAGCUCGUGAACUGUGUGAAGAAUAUUUUCAUUUCUAGUCAGGCCUGGCUCUAGAUAGCUACUUAGAUUCCAGUCACCAAGGGGGGGUGCCCCCUAUGGCACCUUCUCGGGUGGCUGGAGGGUUAACCCAAUCAUCAUCAGGUUCUGGAAUUUUCUUUCAAGGAGAUGGGCAGUCACAGAGUGUAGUCAACUCUCACAUAAGCUCAUCAUUCGGUAACUCAUCUAAUGCGGUCCCUGGAGCUGGUCGUUCUCACCUGGGUCCAGUGUCUGGGGAUAUGAAUAAUGCAGUUUUGAACAGUGUGGCAAACUCAGCACCAAGUGUUGGAGCUAGCUCUUUAGUCACAGAUGCAAAUUCAGCAUUCUCUGGUGGGCCCCAUUUGCAGAGAAGUGCAAGCAUUAACACAGACUCAUACUUACGUUUACCUGCUUCGCCCAUGUCAUUUACAUCAAAUAAUGUUAGUAUUUCAGGGUCAUCAGUUAUGGAUGGUUCCAGUGUAGUACAGCAGAGCUCUCACCAAGAUCAGAAUGUUCAACCAUUGCAACAGAAUCAGCAGCAUGGUGCCUCUAGUGCUAUGUCUAUGCCUGGAUCUCAAAGUGCCCCUUCCCCGCUUCCAAUGGGUGCACAAAUACCAGGAUCUUUCAUGCAAAAUACGGAUAAUUUAUCCCAGCUGUCCAAAAAACCUAGGCUGGAUAUUAAGCAGGAGGAUUUAAUGCAACAGCAGGUUAUACAACAGCUUCUUCAAAGACAGGACACCAUGCAAUAUCAGGGGCGUAAUCCACAAAUACAGGCUUUGAUUCAGCAGCAGCAAAGACUGAGGCAACAACAUAUCCUUCAGUCAAUGCCACAGUUACAGCGAGCACACUUGCAGCAGCAACAACAGCAGCAGCAGCAGCAACAACAACAACAAAUGCAUUUGAGGCAGCAGCAAUUACAGCAACAAUCAAUGCAAUCUGCAGUAAAGCGCCCGUAUGACAGCAGCGUUAAUGGAGUAUGUGCUCGCAGAUUGAUGCAAUACCUCUAUCAUCAAAGGCAACGCCCAAGUGAAAACACUAUUGCCUAUUGGAGAAAAUUUGUGGCCGAGUAUUACUCUCCUCGAGCAAAGGAACGGUGGUGCUUGUCUUUGUAUAAUAAUGUUGGGCAUCAUGCACUCGGUGUUUUCCCUCAGGCAUCUAUGGAUGCAUGGCAGUGCGACAUAUGUGGUUCUAAAUCUGGAAGGGGAUUUGAGGCAACUUUUGAAGUGCUCCCUAGACUUAAUGACAUCAAAUUUGGUAGUGGAGUAAUUGACGAACUUCUCUUUUUGGAGUUGCCACGCGAACAAAGAUUUCCUUCUGGUGUAAUGAUGUUAGAAUAUGCAAAAGCAGUUCAAGAGAGCGUAUACGAGCAACUUCGUGUUGUUCGUGAGGGUCACCUGCGUAUUAUAUUUACACAAGACCUUAAGAUAUUAUCUUGGGAGUUCUGUGCCAGGCGCCAUGAAGAACUUCUUCCUAGAAGGUUGGUUGCACCACAGGUAAACCAGUUGGUCCAAGUAGCUCAAAAAUGUCAGAGUACAAUUGCUGAAAGUGGUUCAGAUGGGGUUUCUCAGCAAGAUCUGCAAACAAACAGCAAUAUGGUUUUGGCUGCUGGCCGUCAACUUGCAAAGAGUCUGGAGUUGCAAUCUCUAAAUGAUUUAGGUUUUUCCAAAAGAUAUGUAAGAUGUUUGCAGAUAUCUGAGGUUGUCAAUUCCAUGAAAGAUCUGAUAGAUAUCUGUCGGGAGCACAAAAUUGGGGCAAUUGAGAGCUUGAAAAAUUAUCCUCGUUUUGCAACCGCGGCUAAGCUCCAGAUGCAAAAAAUGCAUGAGAUGGAACAGCUAGCAAAUGUUCAAGGUCUGCCAACUGAUCGAAACACGAUUAACAAACUAAUGGCAAUGAAUCCUAGUUUGAACAACCCAAUAAAUAAUAAUCCUAAUAUGAUAAAUCGUGGUGGUUUGAGUGGAUCAGCACAAGCUGCUCUGGCACUUAACUACCAGAGUCUUCUUAUGAGGCAAAACUCGAUGAAUUCAAGCCCCGGCUCAAUUCAGAGAGAAGGAUCAUCAUCUUUCAACAAUGCGAACCAGAGUCCGUCGUCAGCUAUGCAAGGUGCUACCUCUCCCUUUAUUCCAGGCUCAAUGCAGAAUUCACCAAUUGGUGGUUUCCCAAGUCCCCAUCUACCCCCGCAGCAGCAACAGCAGCAGCCGCAACAACACCUUCAACAGAGAUCCUUAAGUGCAAAUAGCUUCAUGCAACAAAACCAUUCACAGGGAUCCCAAGGAAAUCAAGCUCUACAGCAGCAGAUGAUCCAGCAACUGCUGAUGUCAAAUAACAAUGGGGGAGUACAAUCACAAUCUCUUAGUGGACCCAAUGCAAAUGGGAGCAUAGCAAAGAAUGGGUUGGGUUUCGGAGGACACUCUCCGUCUCCUUCCAUAACUGGAGGAUCUGUCAAUGUUUCAGGAAAUAAAGGUCCGGUUUCAAGGAGCAAUAGCUUCAAAUCGGCCUCAAACAGUGAUUCUUCUCCGGCUGGUGGCAACAAUGGAUUCAACCCAAGAACUUCGGAUAUGCCGCAGAAUCUGCAUUUGCAAGAUGUGGUUCCAGAUAUUGCCAGUGAUUUUACAGAUAGCCCCUUCUUCAGUAGUGAUCUGGAUGAUAACAUGGGUUUUGGCUGGAAGGCAUGACUAACAAAAUCUGGCUUAUCAAAAGGCUCUUGUUGUUAUCAUAUUGUACAGGACACUUCAAAGUUUAAAUAGUUGCUGCUCUCUUUUCUUGGUGUACUUUGCUCAUUUUUCUUGGUGGAAUUUGUUGUGACUUGACUAGGUCUUUAGUGAUUCUAUCUGAGGGUUUUUGUCUCGCCUGCAAGUGUAAUCAAUUGGACAAUUUAAUUAACGGUUUCAGCUUUCUUUUUA